AUGGCCGUUAUCAGACCGGCGGUUUUGUUUCAGACAUGGGCCCAGCGUGUGUUAGGACCAGCCAGUUCCAUCAUUUACAUUGGUGUCGGGCUAACAGCUCUCGGGAGUCUUAAUGCUACAUUUCUGUCUGCUGGCAGACUGUCAGGGGUGGCAGCCAAGAAUGGACAGAUGCCUGACGUGGCUUCCUGGGUGCACGUGAGGAGUAAAACACCACUAUUGGCCAGUGGGAUGAGGUGUAUAAUCGCCAUACUGGUCAUGUUGCUAGCCGAUGGUCAGCAGCUUCUGAGGUUCUACAUCUUUAUCGUGUGGCUCUUCCAUGGAACAUCUAUCACAGCACUGCUCAUUCUUCGAUACAAAAACAAGAAAAAGAAACGACCCUAUAAGGUGGAUCUGUGGAUCCCAGUGCUGGUUGUGGCCGGGAUCGCCUGCCUGGUGGUUGCACCAUUCCUGCAGAAGCCGGAGAAGGAGUUUGUGGCUGCCGUGACACUUUUGGGCAUGUCUGUUGUCAGUUACUAUCCGAUCACAUGGCUCAAGUCUAGGUACAUCAUUAACGUACCAGACAACAUAACUAUGUGGUUACAGUUGUUUCUCAGGGUGGCUCCGAAACGCGAUUUGAGACGGGAGCGCAAGUCGAUGAUGCGACAGAUGGGAGUUCUGGCCCGCAACAGUAUCAUCAUCACUCCCAGCGUCAUGACAUCACCCGCAAUGAUGCGGCGAUUCUCCAAGCGCAUGUCUCUGCGCCUCGUGCAGGGCUCUCCCGCGUUGGUCCACAGGUUUGGGGAAGAUCUAGGUCAGACCAGCUUGAGAAGACGCACCAACCGAGGAGGUUCAUUGGCUGAAAUAGACAUCAGACAGAAGAUGAGAUCCAACUCACUGUGGUCGUUUGGUGUAGAGAGCAAAGCGUCCCCGGCAAUCAUCAGAAAAAAGACAAUGUCACCAAACAACCGAACCGUCAACUCCCCUGAUGUGAAACUGAAAUCCAUAGCUUCCAUGCCGAUACUGAAAAACCGCUGCACUACAGCACCGCCGGACGUUGAUGGUGCUACAGCUCUGAGCUCCAAUGGACUGUCCAGAAGUUUGCUGUCCCUCCCACACCAGGUGGUGCGUCCUACCCCUAGUCCCAUACCUGAGGAAGAUUCAGCAGCCGCUAAAAAUUCAGACUCCGGAGCUGAUGAAACAAAGUCCCAAAUUUCCCAGCAGGAUGAAGAGUUGCAAGUUAUAGCCGAUUUUGAAAGUGAUGGAGGUGGGGAAUAUGAGGUUCUAGCGCAUCCUGAAGACGUCAGAAGAGCUUCGUACGAUGUAGUAGAAGUUCCCGAUACAAACUCAGAUUCUUCAUCCUCAAACUCCUCAGAUUCAAAUUCUUCAACUAGUAGCAAAUCGAAACGUUUGCGACGCAACAUGUUUUCCUCUCUGUUUGAUUCUUCAGCCUGCUCUUCUUCGGAUUCAGACUCAUCAACGGAUGAAGACUGUUCAGGAGAUGAUGAAGAAGAAGAUGAUGUGGCGUCCAGGCCAAGGUUUUACUACAGCGAGGACGAGAUAAACUCAGAUGUUAGCGGUGAUGGUAGCAAGAAGGCAAGUGGACAGGUAAACAAUGGCUAUAUUGCCGAAGGCAGUGAGGAAGAUGGUACGCCAGUGUCGCUGGAAGGACAAAUUCCUACGCGAAUACACAUUUCUGGAAUGAAAUCUGACAACAUACCGCAAAGCGAGGUAUGA